AUGGAAACGGAAAUUACUGCUUCAAAGGAUGAUAUCGAUAUAAAAGUAAAAGGUAGAAGGCCCACAAAAUUAAGAAGAACUGACAACGAACUUCAGCACGACAUACUCAAAUAUAAAGAGCUCUUAGUGAGAGAUGAAGGUUUGGAAUUGGAUAUCCCACCAAAACGAACCAAAACGAACGAAAAAGAACAAGAUGUAAGAAAGCAUAAUAACAAACAAAGUUCAAGAUCUUCUAGAUACAGAAAUAGGAGGUUUGUACUUGAAGAUAAUACUGUGAGAGAAUCGUCAGCACCGCAAAAUAAAACUAAUGAUGCUGCUCAAGGUUAUCAAAAGUUGAAACCAAAGUAUUUUACCCAGCGCCAGAGAAAUCUUCAAAAACACCAGUCAACUUACAAUCCGGAUAAAAUAUCUCCACCUUUAUUGACGGACAUCAAAAGAUUUAAAAGUUUUGAGGACAAGAUUCUUUUAAGUCAUUCAUACCAAGAGUUAAUAAAAGUUGUCAAGGGUCAAAUAAAUAGUAGCAAUCCCAAUCUCAUUGAACAUGAAGCUAUUGAUAUACCAUUUCUGUGGAACUUAUUACCCAAAAAUAUUGAUAUUGAGAGGAAGCGCUUCGAUAUAACAAAUCCGUAUUCCUUUGAUUUUCAACCUUUACACAUAUCUUCUACCAAUUUGUUUUGCAGUGAGGAUAUCGAUGUAUUUUUCCAAAAACUUAAUGAUAAUUCAAAUUUCGACCAAUUUAGUGAAGUUGAUUUAGAAUUUGAUACCGAAUCUUCAGUAAGAAAAGACUUGAAGAAAACUAUUCCAUUAGCAUAA